AUGAAAGAAAUAGAUGGCCAGUAUAAGUUUGAUGUUGAGAAUACAAAACUUAAGAGCCUCGUAGAGGAUGAAGGCCUUAGAGAAUUAGAUUACAGUAGCCUUUUGUUUGACGUAAAUGUAACUGACUCGAUAACUGGUUUACGUCAAAGUGCAUCUGGUACUGUUACAUUCUAUCCAACUGAAAACAAAUUACAGUUUCUCGAGUCUGUUCCAUCAACAUUUAAACCUGGACUUAACUUCACAUUACUGGGUAAAUUGACUCGUCAAGAUGACGAAACAGUUUAUCUUCCAACUACCUCGAGGGUAAAGCUGACUGUGACCCACACAAUCCCUCUCUCCUCCGUGAGGUCCAACACUACCAAGACUUCAGAAUCAGGCCUACCAAAUGAAAAUAUAACGAUAAUUAAUAUGGACACAGCAGAACAGCAGGAAAUAGAAUUGGAAUUGGAGAGCCUUAUGAAUGAUGAGCUACAAAAUUCUCUUAUGAUCGAUACUAAAGAUAGAACGAUGAAUCCAGCCUUUCUCGACCUUGACGCCAAUGGAUUUUUCAAACAUGAAAUAACAAUUCCUGAAGGAACUGAAUAUAUUUACAUAAAUGUAAGUUGUCAUGGAGACUUCUGUCGUUUUCUUUAUAAGUAG